AUGUGGCAAAACAAACAAUUAUUCCUUAUUUUGUCUUAUUCAUUCCUCUCAUUAAAUAGAGAUCUUGUUUCUAAAUCAUUGUCAUCACACUCUCGGACGCAUUUUAUCAAACACUUACAACAGCAUUCCGUCAAAAAAAUGAUCUUAGAAGACGAAUCUCUGUUCAACUACGCUCUCAUCACUCUCUACCUCAUAGCUCCACCAACCUUCAUCUCCCUCACAUUCCUCCAAGCCCCUUAUGGCAAACACCAUAGACCAGGUUGGGGUCCAAAUCUCCCACCAUACCUCGCUUGGUUCCUAAUGGAGAGUCCCACACUUUGGUUCACCCUUUAUCUUUUUCCAUUUGGUAACAACUCUUCCAAUCCAAAAUCAAUUCUCUUGAUUACUCCUUUUCUCGUUCAUUACUUCAACCGCACUUGUGUUUAUCCACUGAGAUUGUUCUUCACAACAACGAAAAACACUUCUGGGUUCCCUUUUAGUAUAGCCCUAAUUGCUUUUUUGUUCAAUUUGUUGAAUUCUUAUGUUCAAGCUAGAUGGGUCUCUCACUACAAGAAUUAUGAUGGUGAUGGGUUGUGUUUUUGGUUGGUGUUUUUUUGUGGGGUUUUGGUGUUUUUUUGUGGGAUGGGGAUUAAUGUUUGGUCUGAUAAGGAAUUGUUGAGGCUGAAAGCGAAAGGGAAAGGGUAUGUUGUGCCUAAAGGAGGGUUGUUUGAAGUUGUGAGUUGUCCUAAUUACUUUGGGGAAAUUUUGGAGUGGUUUGGUUGGGCUUUGAUGACUUGGUCUUGGGCUGGGUUGGGCUUUUUUGUUUACACUUUUGCUAAUUUGGGGCCUAGGGCACGUGCUAAUCAUAAGUGGUAUUUGGAGAAAUUUGGAGAGGAUUAUCCUAAGAAAAGGACAGCUGUUAUUCCUUACUUGUAUUGAUUUUUAUUUUUUGUUAUUUAUGAAUUGUUGUAAUUGGGGUCUAUAAGUGUAUUGUGUAAGUUUUGAGGGAUAGAAAAUAAUGAGGAUGUGUGUCUGAUGCAUUGUAAGGAAACAUCAUUUAUCUUGGAUUGACACGGUUCAAUGGAAGUCUGUUUAUUUUUUUCAA